CAGCGGAGUCGAACCGGGAACUGUUGUAGCGUGGCAAACAUGUCUACAGUCUCCAGUGUUCACUGAUAAGCAGACUUGACAUGGACAUGGGUACGGAUUCCACACAACCCAGAGGCCUCGUUAAAUAAACUAGAUUCGUAAUUAGAGUCCUCUUGCUGCUGUCUUCGCACUUGACUUCGAAUUCAUGACUGGCAUGGGGGCACGGUAUUGAUGCGCUCGAUAUUGCGCUCAGAUCUACAGAAGCCCACUCCGCCGGCCGCAACUCAACGCUUGAGGACGGAACUUCGCGCGUUGGUGUGAGACUUUUGGAGUUGCCUAAUUGGAACCGCAAUUUAGAGCAAUGACGGACUCUACAGCCUCAGACCCGGUGAGCACCAUCCCGGAUCCAACUAUUGUUGAUCCGUCGACUGUGAACGGUCAGUGCGACCCGACAGAUCAACAGCCACCCAAACGAGCAAGUCAGGGGGAACCUAAAUUCAAGAUGGACCAGGAGAUGAAGAUUGGCGAUAGCGUGGAGGGGCAAGGCUUACUGGAGAGCAGCAUGAGGCUGAAGCCCCACGAAGCUCAAAGCUACCGCAAGAAAGCAUUGUGGGUCUCCUGGGUUUCCAUCUUUGUGACGCUGAUCCUGGCAGUAGCAGCUUUCACGGUUUCCUUCAUGAGACACAGUGCCUCGGCUUUCGGAUUCGCUUUUGAUGCCGCCCUGGACGUGCUGUCCUCCAUCAUCGUGGUGUGGCGCUAUAGUAACGCCGCCGCCGUUCACUCUGCACACAGGGAGUACAUAGCCUGCGUGAUCCUGGGGGUGGUCUUCAUCCUGUCCUCUCUGUGUAUCCUGGGAAAGGCAAUCCAUGACCUGGCUACCAAGCUACUGCCUGAAGUGGAUGACUUCCUCUUCAGUGUGUCCAUCGUCAGUGGCGUGAUGUGUAUCAUUCUGUCCGUGUUCAAGUUCAUGCUGGGCAGGGUGCUCACCAGCAGAGCCCUCAUCACAGACGGUUUCAACUCCCUGGUGGGCGGGGUCAUGGGCUUCUCCAUCCUAAUCAGUGCCGAGGUGUUCAAGCACGAUCCCAAAGUGUGGUACCUGGACGGGUCCAUAGGGGUCCUGAUAGGCCUCAUCAUCCUGGCCUACGGAGUCAAGCUGCUGGUUGAUAUGGUCCCUCGAGUGAGACAGACGAGGAACUAUGAGCGCUUUGAGUGACAGAAGACCACGGGAAGGGCAGCGAGGGCUCAGUGGGGGAUGGGUUCUAGGUUAUAUACAGUAUGUGUACGUCCAGUGUCUGUUCUAGGAUAUGUAUAUCUACGCCCAGUCCCUAUCCAGCUCAGCUCCAUUCUUCCUGGUAGAUCUCUACAGUCACCAUGACAAACCUAUUGAUUUGAUUUAGACCUCACUUGUGCCAGCCCAGUGGCAUUUUAGUGAGACCCAAGUGGUCCAUUCUGCAGCGUUCCCCCUGUCUCUCUCUGACUCCGAACCUGAUCCGUCCAUAGGAGUCGUUACGAAGUCAAAGGGAAGACGGAGGAGGUUUCCCUCGAUGUUUCUCCUCCUCCUCUGCCGAAGCAGGGGGAGGCGGAAGGACAGACCGAAGAACAUGGGCUGCUGAGUCGUCAGGAAAUUAUGCCACUGCCGCUACAAAGGCACUGCACAUUGUCCACUGAUUACAGCCUGGUGUUCAUAUCUCAAUCUCCACUUGGACAAGAUGGCUGAUUCAGAUAUGCAUCUCAGUCCUUACGGGAUUUCAAUGGUUUCUAAUAGGCUUUUUCUUUUGUUCAGUAACACUGGGGGUGUCCCCAAUGGCACCCUAUGCCCUUUAUAGUGCACUACUUUUGACCACCCUAUUCCCUUUAUAGCGCACUACUUUUGACCGGUGCCCAUAAAAAGUGCACUAUGUAGGAAAUAGGGUGGCAUUUGGCACACACACACAGCCUAUUUCUGUUUAUGACACCACUGCUCAAAAUAGAUGUGUUGUGUUUAUGUAGUCGUGAUGUAGUAACAGGUAAAGUAUAUUUUAGGGUGGUAGUUGCUACUAUUCGUAGCUAUAGGGCAUGUUUGCUAUCCCCCAAAAAAUCAGCAGGGGAAAUGGAUUUCUGAGAUGCCCAUUGUAUUAUCAAUUGUAGACACAAUAGUAUAGUAUAGCAGUACACUGUGCAAUAACAACAUGACAGACGACUCUUAUCAAUGGCUUGUAUCCCAAAUGGCACCCUAAUCCCUACAUAGUCACUAUGGGUCCUGGUCAAAAGUAGUGCACUAUAGGGAAUAGGGUGAUAUUUGGGACAAAACCUGUAUCAUUUGAUUAGUGAAUAUGAAAGCACAAAUGUCCCUGUCAACAACUCAUGUAUGGAAUCUGUGUUUGCUGUAUUGCUUAAGAGGGCCACAUUAAGGGGUGUUGAAUAAAAGCCUGUGGCAGACCAUCAACAGACAACAUGACUGGAGACAAAGACUCUAGCCAGAGAUUACUGCGCUGGAAUUAAAACAAGUCUUUUUCUGUGCACCACAGCCAAGUCUGUUGGCUAGAGCACAACAUUCUCUCUUCCUUAUCUAAUUCCUCAACCAAGUCUGAUGGGGGAAAUACGGUCGUCCUGGCGAGUAAAUAUACCAUAUACAAUGAUAUUGUUUAAAGCUUUCACAAUCUGCCACGAUGGAUGUAAUUAUAUAUGUAGUAUAUACACUACAUGACCAAAAUUAUGUGGACACCUGCUCGUCGAACAUCUCAUUCCAAAAUCAUGGGCAUUAAUAUGGAGUUGGUCCCCCCUUUGCUGCUAUGACAGCCUCCACUCUUCUGGGAAGGCUUUCAACUAGAUGUUGGAACAUUGCUGGGGGGACUUGCUUCCAUUCAGCCACAAGAGCAUUAGUGAGAUCGGUCACUGAUGUUGGGCGAUUAGGCCUGGCUCGCAGUUUGUAUUCCAAUUAAUCCCAAGGGUGUUACAUGGGGUUGAGGUCAGGGCUCUGUGCAGGCCAGUCAAGUUCUUAGACACCGAUCUCAACAAACCAUUUCUGUAUGGACCUCACUUUGUGUACAGGAGCAUUGUCAUGCUGAAACAGGGGACUUCCCCAAACUGUUGCCACAAAGUUGGAAGCACAGAAUUGUCUAGAAUGUCAUUGUAUGCUGAAGAUUUCCCUUCACUGGAACUAAGAGGCCUAGCCCGAACCAUGAAAAACAGCCCCAGAUCAUUAUUCCCCCUCCACCAAACUUUACAGUUGGCACUAUGCAUUGGGGCAGGUAGCGUUCUCCUGGCAUCCGCCAAAUCCAGAUUAGUCUGUUGGACGUCCAGAUGGUAAUGCAUGAUUCAUUACUCUAGAAAACGCGUUUCCACUGCUCCAGAGUCCAAUGGCGGCGAGCUUUACACUACUCCAGCCGACGUUUGGCAAUGCGCAUGGUGAUCUUAGGCUUGUGUGCGGCACCUCGGCCAUGGAAACCCAUUUCAUGAAGCUCCCGACAAGCAGUUCUUGUGCUGACGUUGCUUCCAAAGGCAGUUUGGAACUCGGUAGUGAGUGUUGCAAUCGAGGACAGCACAUUGCCAUUGUUUCUCCUAGACAUUUCCACUUCACAAUAACACCACUUACAGCUGACCGGGGUAGUUACAGCAGGGCAUAAGUUUGACGAACUGACUUGUUGGAAAGGUGGCAUCCUAUGACGGUGCCACGUUGAAAGUCACUGAGCUCUUCAGUAAGGCCAUUCUACGACCAAUGUUUGUCUAAGGAGAUUGCAUGGCUCUGUGCUCUAUUGCAUGGCUGUGUGUUGUACACCUGUCAGCAACAUAAAUCAUUGUUAUGUGAAUUACAUGAAUACAAUGUUGACAUUAUACAAUUACAUGCAUGCAAUGUUGACAUACAGAAAUUCAAUGUUGACCCAUUGCACAAGGAGUGCACUUAAGGGCUCCAUUCAAUCCGAAUCGUGUAAAUUCAGCAUUACAGCAUGAUUGAAGGCAAUGUUCCCGGGUUGGCGGAGACUGCAUUCACGGUAAACACUGCAGAUGUGGACUCAAUAGGAAAUGACCUUGUAAAUCAGUAAUGCUUCAGGAUACUGAUUGAAUAGAGCCCUAAAGGAAGAUGAUUGAAACCGAGCCUUCAAGCUGUGCAUACCGAUUCAGUCUUUCAGAAUACUGUACCAAUGAAAGUUGUCAAUAAGACAUUAGUUAUUAUAGUGCACUAUAAUAGAAAAUACAUUUUUGUACAUAUAGAAAGGGAUUUUUGUUUACAGGUGGGACUGGUCAUUGCACUCACUCCAAAUGGCUUUUUUGGACAGGAUUCAAUCCGAGGCUCGUUAUAGAGCAGUGCAAUGGACAGCCAAAAAUGCACUUUUUAAAGUUAACUUACACUUGAGCCGACAUUCGCAGCAUUUGAUAUAAAUGCGAUCUCCAUGAACGCCGGGGAAAUUGCCUUUAAAAGGGGCGUUGGGGCCUCCCAGGUGGCGCAGUGGUCUAGGGCACUGCAUCGCAGCGCUAGCUGUGCCACCAGAGACUCUGGGUUCGCGCUCAGGCUCUGUCACAGCCGGCCGCGACUGGGAGGUCCGUGGGGCGAAGCACAAUUGGCUUAGCGUCGUCCGGGUUAAAGAGGGUUUGGCCGGUAGGGAUAUCCUUGCCUCAUCGCGCACCAGCGACUCCUGUGGCGGGCCGGGCGCAGUGCACGCUAACCAAGGUUGCACGGUGUUUCCUCCGACACAUUGGUGCGGCUGGCUUCCGGGUUGGAUGCGCGCUGUGUUAAGAAGCAGUGCGGCUUGGUCGGGUUGUGUUUCGGAGGACGCAUGACCUUCGACCUUCGUCUCUCCCGAGCCCGUACGGGAGUUGUAGCGAUGAGACAAGAUAGUAACUACUAAUAAUUGGAUACUACGAAAUUGGGGGGGAAAAAGGGGGUAAAAUAAAAAGGGGCAUUGUUGCAUGUCAACUGUGCUGCACUAUAACAUACUCUGGAUUGAAUCAUGGCCUGACUCUAAUUCUUACCAACACCUUUUGUACAUAGCAAUGAAUUCUUGUACAUAUUGUAAUAUAAGUUGAUAUGUUUACAUUGGUAUUGCCAAUUUAAGCAGAAACUAGACUUGCUAGAUAAUCGGUUGCGGGUGUUGUUCUGUAUUAAGAGUGCUUAAGCUAAGUCAAUAUUUGUCUUCUCAAAGGAAAGAGACGUACUUAGACGUACUAAGUUCAGGAUCUAGGAUGGGUUUCAAUUAACUUCGAUAAUGUGAUUGAGCAAGAGUUGCACCACUGUAAACUUUUGUUUUCUGUGACUGUUUUCAGUCAAAAAGGAUGGAUACUAACGCAACCCCCUAACUUUAUGGCUGCGUUCCAGGCUGACUACAUUGCAGAAGCAUGCCAGAUCUCACAACACCUAACCCUAAUAUCAGUUUACCACAUCACGAUGGAUUCAUCGGAUACCCGACUCUGCAGCCGAUGACGUGGCACACAACCAUUGGUUGAUCCAAUGUAGUCGGCCUGGAACGUGACAGGCUCCUUGGAGCACCAUGGCUCUUAGCCCAACGGCCAGCAGGAGGCGAUAUUGAGUCGUUUCAUCUUACCUUCCAAACGCAUUGUAGGAAACUGCGUAUCACUCGUGGACAGUUCGUACAUAAAACAUCCUCUAUUCAGGCUGCAAAGGUGUCGAUUUCCUCCUUAACUAUAUUUAAUGGUGAGAAGGUGGGGGAAAUAUGUACUUUAUGAAAUACCAUUUUCCACUAUCAUGCUAGAGUGGCUAAUGCUACUUCAUGAUGAUGCUCCAUGCGUUCAGCCAGGGGUAAACAAUGUUGCGUAUCGUGUUCAGCCAAUCAGUUUGCAGCAGUCUGUCGUUUACCCCUGGCUGAACGCAGGGAGCAACAUCAUGAAGAAGCAUUAGCAUGAAUAGAGAAUGUUUUAUGUACGAACCGUCCACGGGGGAUACGCAGUUUCUCUGGACCCCAGCAAGGUUUUGUUUCAAGGUCUGACCCACUGGGCACAGUCAUCAAUUCAACACUUAUUCCACGUUAGUUCAACCUAAUUUCAUUGAAAUGACAUGGAAACAAAGUUGAUUCAACCAGUGUGUGCCCAGUGGGGAGGCACUUUUUCAGUCACAUUCCUGAAGCCCAAGAAACAAACACUUAACGUCCUAGUACACACGGCAAUGAAAAAGGUUUAUAAAUGACUUUUAGAAGGGUUACUGUCAAAAGUAUGUGUUAAAAUAAAAGUAGAGCAAUGUCAGGCACAUGGUCCCUCAGAACUUGUGGGCCCCAUGCCUUGUGGGGGCUGCUGGGUGUCUGGUAGGCCGGUGGAUACUGGCUGCAAACAAUACGCUUGGACGGUAAGAUGAAAUGACUCCAUAUCAACAUCUGCCUGGCCUUUGGGCUACAUGGCUCGCUGGUCUCGGACACCAAUCAAAGACAGUGAGGUAUCAAAGGAGGCAUAUCAUUUAUUAGCAGAUGGAAAUGUCAUCCUUUCCAAGCCACAAUUGCACUGCAUAGAAACAGCCUUAACCAUUGACCUGGGGCACAUUCUGUAAGUAAACUGCUCAGAACAUUGCAGAAAGAAAUGUAAUGCAUAGAGCUGACAUGAUGCAUAAUUUUACAAGACAGAAAAUCAUUUCUGCUUCUACAAAAUGCAUUUCUAUGAUAAUUACAUAUUAAUAUGGAUAUUGUAUAACAUUGCACUCAUCUGAACAGACCCCAGAAUUCUGGAAAUGAGAAUAUAAACUUUGAAAGUUUACUUUCAGGGAAUUGCUCUUGUAAACAGUUGGAAAUGCUGUCGUUUGUGAUUCUCUUCUUAAUGUCUAGCGUAGUUGGUAAUGUGUUCACAGAAAUUCAGUAUUUAUGGUUCAUAUGAGGUCUAUGCUUGCUGCAGUAUGUACUCUAUAUUAUUUACACAUUAAACUCACUGUAACACCCCUAAUGUGUUAGGGGUGUUUCUACA